UUAUUUUUUAUCGUUAUUUGAGAGAAAACUCAGAACUCUAGUAUUUGUUUUACUUUUACUUAUAAACAUGUUCUCAUAUGGCCCUCAUCUUCUUCAGCGUAAUGCAGUUUUCUCAGAGUGUCAUCAUGUGUUUAUUUUAAAUUAGUAAAUGAACAUGUUAGAAACAAAACAAGAAGCAAACUAAAAACAAAACACGUUCAAGGUAUAAAGAUUCAAGGCUUUUAUCGUCAUUUGUACAUAGCAGUGUAGAUAAAUCAAUGAGUAAAUACAAUACAAUUGAAUAUAGUCAAAUACAUUUGACCCCUUACCCAUCACAGCCCCCCUGCUUCCAUUCGUACUGCUAUCUAUUUAAUUGUUUUAAUUUAUUAUGUGCCUCUUUGUUUGUUUGUUCCCCAUGUAAAGCGGCCUUGGGCCCCUUGAAUAAAAUAUUAUUAUUAUUACAUGCACCUGUGUUCACGCCCAGCAGGUGGCAGCACUGAGCCUUAGCAACACUAGCAGAGGCACCAUGUUUGUUUGUCUCUGUUUCCAGGUAACCACUGAGGUGGAGAUGACGGAGCUGCACGAGGCUGCAGCUGCAGGAGAUCUGCUCCAAGUCCACGAGAUUCUGAGGCUCAACGGAUGUGAUCCGAACCAGAAGGACGAGGAGUGGAGCUGCAAAACCCCCCUGCACUGGGCAGCUGCUGGAGGUCACGUGGAGGUUGUGAGGCUCCUGAUUGGUCACGGGGCGUGUCCCUCUCUGAUGACAGAGCACGGAUGGACGGCCGCCCACAGCGCCGCGGAGGCCGGACGCCUCCCUGUCCUGAAGCUGCUGCAGAGCCUGAACGCACCGCUGGACCUGGAGGACUUAUGCGGAGAGACGCCUGAACGCAUCGCGCAGAUCUACGGACACCACGACUGUGUCAGAUUCCUCAAGAAAGGUUGAGGCUCAGAAAGGAAUCUCAUUGGACGACACUAACGAGGUGCGGAGCAAACGGGAGAACGAGGAGAAGAGGAGCAAGAAACUGACCUUCGUGGUGCUGCUGGAGGUCGGGGCUGCAGCCUGGAGAGACGGAGGAUGCGAGAGAUUCAAAUCAUUUAUAAUCGUUUUUUCAUUAAUAAUCCUGUUUGUAGAACACUUACAUUUUUCUUCAGACGUUUCCCAAGUGCUUCUCGGGUCUGUGGAAAUGAGAUUAAAACUGUUAUGCUACAAUAUCCUGUUUGUGGUUUUAUAUAUUUUAUUACACAUUUAACUUGUUAGUAGAAAGUAAACCACCGACUGACGUCUCGAUCAUUUAGACGUUCUGUAUCGCUUCGCCACCAACGCCCCCUACAGGACACUCCACUGUGACCUGUACUCUCUGGCUAACUGGCCCUCUCUUGAGACCAGAGGCCUGUACUACGAAGCCGGAUGUUCUCUUAGCGGCUAACUUCAGGGUAACUCUGGGUUUCCGGUCCUACGAAGCUGG